AUGUAUAAUCAUAGUUUAGAACAUCAGAGUGGGAACCGCCCUAGUCCACUCCCUAGCGCGUUCAAGAACUCGCCCGCAAACUCUAACGGCGUCCUCUCGACCCCUCUGCGCUUUCUGAAGCGCCCUUUCCCGCCACCGUCGCCGGCAAAGCACAUAAGGUCCUUGCUCGCGAGGCGACACGGCCCGGUCAGGCCCAGCGAGGCCACCAUACCGGAAGGGACCGAGUGUGAGUCGAUUAUUGGGCUGGACAAGAAUUUUGGGUUCUGUAGGAAUUUUGUUGGGCAUUUUGAAAUGGGGGAAGAAGUGGGCCGGGGGCAUUUCGGGUACACUUGCUCGGCGAAAGGGAAGAAGGGGAGCUUGAGAGGGAAGGAUGUGGCUGUUAAGGAUAUCCCUAAAUCAAAGUUAACAACAGCAAUCUCCAUAGAGGAUGUUAGACGAGAAGUGAAGAUACUUCGUGCACUUACCGGACACAGAAACUUGUACAAUUCUAUGAUGCUUGUGAGGAUGAAGAUAAUGUUUAUACAGUUAUGGAGUUAUGCAAAGGAGGAGAACUACUGGAUCGGAUACUCUCCAAAAGAAGAUGCCAGGCUUAUUAUGGUGCAAAUUUUAAGUGUUGUUGCAUAUUGCCACCUCCAAGGUGUAGUUCACCGUGACCUGAAACCUGAGAAUUUUCUCUUUACUUCGAAAGACGAGCAUUCCCAAUUGAAGGCCAUCGACUUUGGACUGUCUGAUUAUGUGAAGCCAGAUGAAAGGCUGAACGAUAUUGUGGGAAGUGCUUAUUAUGUGGCACCUGAAGUUCUUCACAGGUCUUACGGGACAGAGGCCGACAUGUGGAGUAUUGGUGUAAUUGCUUACAUAUUACUUUGUGGGAGCAGACCAUUUUGGUCGAGAACAGAAUCUGGAAUCUUCCGGGAUGUUCUAAAGGCCGAACCAAGCUUUGAUGAAGCCCCUUGGCCAUCUUUGUCUUUAGAUGCUAUAGAUUUUGUGAAGAGAUUGUUGAACAAGGAUUACCGUAAAAGGCUAACUGCAGCACAAGCUCUAUGUCAUCCAUGGCUGGCUGGUCAUCACGACGUGAAGAUUUGUUUGGACAUGUUAAUGUGUAAGCUUGUGAAAGCUUAUGUUUGCUCGACAUCACUUAGGAAAGCUGCUUUAGGGGCUCUUGCGAAAACAUUGACGAUUCCACAAUUAGCAUAUAUUCGAGAACAAUUCACAUUAUUGAUCACAAUUCACAAGUAA